AUGAAAACUCACGAAGUUGACUUCCGAAAAAUAUCGAAAAUCUCACGGGGACACGGUUCGAGAAUUUCGGGAUUGAACGUUUUGAAUCGGUUUUUGACGGUCGCCGUCGACGGGGUUGACAUCGGGCGGUCUACGUCCGCCGGAUUCCGAUGGCAGGUUUCACUCCGUACACGAAAUCCAGCGAAACCACGGCCAUCCGCGAACACCCCCUUGCCAGAUAUCGAUUGCCCUGUACGGUCUAUAAGUUGCCAUACUGCUACGCACCGACUUGCUGUUAUACGCGUUCACACCAGCCGUCAGCCGUCAGGUCGAUGGCAGUGA